AUGGAUACAAGUGAGAAGAAAUUCGAGAAAGUUGUAUCGGAAAAUAAUUCAAGUGAACAGGACAUUGUUGUUUCCAACGAUAAACAAUACGUUUGCGAUAUUUGUCAGGAGGCUUUUACACUAGAAUCCAGCAUGACAACCCACCAAGAAACAAUUCACAAUAAACGAAAAGAUUACUCUUGUCGUAAAGAUUUUUCGUGCAAUAUAUGCGAGAAAAAAUUUGGAAAUAAAGCAUAUUUGCUGUUGCACCAAAAAACAGUACACGAAAGUAGUAGAGACUUCGCAUGCGACAUUUGUGAGAAGAAAUUUGGAUAUAAACAUUCUUUGCUCUUGCACCAAAAAACAGUUCAUGAAAGUCGCAAAGAUUACUCAUGCGACAAUUGCGAGAAUAAAUUUGGACUAAUAUCGAAUUUGAUCAGACACCAAAGGACAGUACACGAGGGUCAUAAAGAUUAUGCAUGCGACAAAUGCGAGAAGAAGUUCGGACUAAAACAGCAAUUGCUCAGGCACCAAAAAAUAGUCCACGAGGGUUGCAAAGAUUUUCCAUGCGACAAGUGCGAAAGGAAAUUUGGACAAAUAUCGAAUUUGAUUAGACACCAAAAUGCAAUUCACGAUAGUCGCAAAAAUUUUGCAUGCGACCAUUGCGAGAAGAAGUUUGGAUAUAAACACCUUUUAGUUGAGCAUCAAAGGACAGUACACGAAGGUUACAAAGAUUUUGAUUGUGACAAUUGAAAGAGAAAAUUUGGACAAAAAUCGAAUUAAUUACACACAAAAUGAUAGCAUACAAAGGUCGCGAGGAUUUUGCUUGUGACAAAUGCGAGAAGAAAUGAUUGACAAGUGUAAAUAUUUAUAGGUACUUAAAUAUACGUUUUUCUAAAAUUUCCAUAAAAAUUAUGUCAAUAUUGCUUGAAAAGUUAAAACU